AUGAAUAACUCUCCAGUCAACUUUCCCGGUCAUGAGGCAUCAAUCAACUCAACUGCAUCCUUAAAACCAUUGGAUUAUGUGGCACUAUCUUUGUACAGCCUAAACCUCGUGUUUGGUCUUCCUACACACAUCUAUGUUAUACAUCUCAUCAUCACAGGAGCGGGAAGUGGAAUUGUGGCAGAGUUUUUAAUGCUUAAUCUCUCUAUUUGUGAAAAUGGGAUCUGUCUGAAUUGUUUGAUCGUUGUACUGUCGAUAUGGUUUACGAGUCUCUCGACAUUUAAUGGGUUUUUAAUUGGAUUUUCCAUCACCGGCCGUCCUCUGUUUCAGUGUCUGAUCUGUGUCGAGCGUUACCUGGCUGUGGUUCAUCCUGUAACCUUUCUGAAGUACAAACCUGUCAGAUAUAAAGCGAUCUGUUGCGCUGCUGCCUGGAUCAUUUGUCUCGGAUCAUGUUUGUUCUGCAUGUUUACUAUAACUUCAUAUUAUGCUGUCUAUGUAUGCUGUCUAACAGUGCAGCUUUUUGUCUUCCUCUCCAUUAAGUUAUUUUGCCUUUCGGCUGUUCUCCGAGCUCUGAAGCAGUCAGGACCAGGAAAGAGAGGAAAAGAGGGAGAGGAGGAAAACCACAUGAAGAGAAGAGCGUUUAAUCUCAUUCUCAUAACUACGGUGACCACUGUUAUCUCAUAUGGUCCACUUACUCUCACAGGAUUAUAUAACAUUAAAAACAAGGAGAAAAUGAAUAACUCUACAGUCAACUUCACUUCUGGAUCUAAAUCCAUUGAUCUAAUGCUGACUCUGGUGGUAAAUGGCAUCAGUCUUCUGUUUGGUCUUCCUACACAUCCCUAUAUCAUAUAUCUCAUCAUCACAGGAGCAGGAAAUGGAAUUGCAUCCGAGUUCUCCAAUCUCAAUCUGUCUGUUUCCGGAUUAGGCAUCACUGCUCGUCCUCUGUUUCAGUGUCUGAUCUGUGUCGAGCGUUACCUGGCUGUGGUUCAUCCUGUAACCUUUCUGAACACCAGUCUUUCUCUGGCUCAGUGUCUGAUCUGUGUUGAGCGUUUCCUGGGUGUUGUAUAA